AUCGAUGGAAGUCACUGUUGCUGUUACCUUCAUAUUGUUUUACCUUUCUCUAGCAGUUGCUGAGCCGAUCGAUGUUCAAGCGGUUGAGAGCUGGUCAUCUAGACUCGGAGUUGAGUUAUGGAAUUUUGGAAAAGUUGUUACAAGAAAGCAGGAAAUGCAAGAUAGUUUUAAAGAUGCCAAAGUCACUUCUAGAGAAGGGCAAGAGCUUGUGUUUGAGAUAGCAAAAGAAAUAAAAAACAUGAUGGAAUUAAAAAUAAGUGCAGUGAGGCGUAUCAUGGAUACAGCUGAAAACUCUGCUAUGGCUUCACAAAUGCAAGAGCCUCGGUCAGAUUAUCAAUACUACAAUGCUAAAACUCUUGAUAGAAAUGACAGUAACCAAUUAGAGUUAAAAGAAAACAGUCACUUCUUCAAUAUAAAAGUGAACACUAGUUACAGUGCUGUACACGUCCCAACAAAUGUGUAUGACAGAUCUCCUGAUGUUUUGCGAGGUAUCAAAUGGUCAGCAAACCUUGAUGAAAUAUUCAUCAGUAACUACAAGCAAGAUCCCUCAUUGUCAUGGCAAUAUUUUGGAAGCUCCACUGGCUUUAUGAGACAGUUUCCUGCCAUGAAAUGGGAACAAGAACCGUCUGGGCCUGUGGAUUUAUUUGACUGUAGGACUAGAUCAUGGUAUAUAGAAGCAGCUACUAGUCCUAAGGAUAUCCUUGUUCUUGUUGACAAUUCUGGUUCUAUGAUGGGGCAAAGACGUGAAAUUGCUCGACAUGUUGUAAACAAUAUUUUAGACACAUUGGGCAGCAAUGACUUUGUCAAUGUUCUUACAUUCAUAAAAAAUGCUACUGGUGUUGUUCCUUGCUUUAGAGAAAGGCUUGUUCAGGCGAAUCUUGCUAAUAUUCGAGAGCUUAAGAUAGGAAUGGAGAACCUUGCAGCCGCUGCUAACAUAGCAAAUUUUUCAGUAGCUUUAACCACAGCAUUUCAGAUUUUAGAGACAUAUCGAAAUGAAAGGAGAGGAGCUGCUUGCAACCAGGCAAUUAUGUUAGUAACAGAUGGUGUUCCAUACAGCUUUGAAGAGAUUUUUAGGCAGUGGAAUUGGGAACGAGAUCCUGAAACACCAGUUCGUGUAUUCACAUAUCUUAUUGGAAGGGAAGUGGCAGAUGUGAGGGAAGUAAAGUGGAUGGCUUGUGCAAACAAAGGGUAUUAUGUUCAUUUAAGCACCAUGGCAGAAGUACGUGAAGAAGUUUUACAUUAUAUUUCAGUGAUGGCAAGACCAUUAGUCUUAAAUAAAACUCAUCAUCCUGUUAUAUGGACACCAGUUUAUGCAGAUAUUACGGACCCCAAAAUGACUGACUGGUUGUGGGAAAUGAAGGAAAAAGAAAAACAAAAACAAAUCUCUCUUCAGUUUAGAAAAAAGACACAAAAUACAUCUGAAGAACAAAAAAGAGCUGAAAAAGCUGAAAAUGCAGAGCGUGAAUAUUUGAUGUACACAAAAUACAACCAAAAUAGUAAUUUGUAUCCUUACAAGAUGAUGACUUCUGUAUCUAUGCCAGUUUAUGACAGGAGAGACAACGCUACAAAAGUUGCCAAUCUUUUGGGUGUUGUUGGAACUGAUGUUCCUAAUUCUGAAAUCCAGCGACUUAUGAUUCAGCAUAUGCUUGGGGUAAAUGCAUAUGCUUUCAUUGUAACAAAUAAUGGAUACAUUCUUAUUCAUCCUGACCUCCGACCAGUUUUUGAUGGCAUCCUGAAGCCUAGCUAUAAUAACAUUGACUUUAUGGAUGUUGAACUGAUACAUUCUAAUGAAACGGUGCCAGAUGAAAGAGAAGAUAUUCCUGCCAAAUGCAGAGAAGAUAACCAAGCUAUAUUAGAGUUGAGGGAAAAAUUGAUUAAUCAAGGAAAUGGAAGUACUUCUCUAUUUGUAAAAUACCAUUAUGAUAGCAUGAGACGAGUUUCCAUAGGCAAACGGCACUAUUACUACACUUUUAUAAAUGGAACACCAUUUGAAUUGGUUGUUGCUCUUCCAGAUCCAUAUGGUUUGAAUAGGGUCGAAGCUAUACUGGAAAUUAAACGUGUUCAUGUGAAAGGGAAGAGAGUAACUGAAUAUUUCGGAGGUCAUAAUUGGAAAAUACACCCUGAAUGGUUUUAUUGUAAAUAUCAUUACGGUGAUGUUUAUAAUUUUAAAACACCUGAGGAAGAAAUUAUACACUUUUUGAAUCGCACUGAAAAACCAGGCUGGAAAUGGCCCCUUCAAAGAAGUAGUCCUCCACCAGAACAUCGACAUUGCCAUUUGUGUAAUUCAAGUAAAGAUGAUACCAUGGAUAAAUAUACUUAUUACUGUGACCGAACACUUCUUUUAUCUCUGGUUUAUGAUGCCAAAGCCACUGAGUGGUUUUCUGGAAACAUAAGCUUAGCUUCUGUUGAAGAAAAAGGACAAGAUAUGAAGCAAAGAUUUGGAUUAGUUUUAGUUUUUAUGGCUACAAGAAGUGGAUUGACACGAUGGCAAGAUAUAUCUUUGAACCCAGAAAAUGAAACAGAAAAUGGAAACCAACACUUUAGUAAUAUUCACAACAAAGCUACUGAUGAAACUUGGUAUAAGCGAGCAGUGGAACAAUAUUAUGUGGAGCCAGACAGUUUUGUCUAUUCUGUUCCCUUUGACGCAGGGGAUAAGAAUGAUACGUUGGUAACUGCAACUCAUGCAGUUUUUCAUUCAGAAGGAUCACGUGAAGCUCCAGCUGCUGUGGUUGGCUUUCAGUUCCAUCAUUCAGCUUUAUUUGCUCUAUUCAAGAACAUUACAUCAUCUUGUGAAGAGAAGUCAUGUGAAAAGACUUGUGAUUCUGAUGCAUAUAUCUGCUAUGUUCUGGACAAUAAUGGAUUUAUCAUAGUAUCUGAAUCCCGAGCAGAUACUGGAAAGUUUUUUGGAGAGGUUAAAGGCUAUAUAAUGGAUAAAUUAGUCAAAGAAGAAGUUUAUAAAAAGAUUGCAAUUUAUGACUAUCAAGCAGUUUGUUUUAGUAGCGAUAAAGCUACCUACCCUGGAUAUGAUGAUGCUAAUGCUGAUAUUCCACCAGCAAAAAAUGAUAGGCCUCUAUCCAAAAUCAUCAUUAACAGAACAAGGCCACAGCCUUGUGAUAUGAAAGUAAAUUUAUAUUUGUUGGAUGUGAAAAGAAUGAAGAAAGUUAUUGAAAAGGAAAAUAAUGAAAAUGGCUGUGAAAGACCAUAUGUCGUGAAAGAUAUUCCGAACAGUAACUUGAUAAUGGUAGUUGUUGAUCAUUUUUGUGAAUCAAAGUACGAAAAUAAAAUAAUAAGAAUAUUGCCUAGUGAGGUGAAAUAUGAUGAAGGACAUUGCUGUAAAAUUGGGCGUAACCUAAGCAGAAGGAAUGUUGCAGAAUGUGCCAACAGGAGUGAAAAGGAGAAUGAUAUAAAACUAUGUGGCCAUUCUGUGAACCUUUCACCGUCAUAUUUAUUGCAAAUAUUUGCUCUAAGUUAUUUUCUUCGGUGGAUCAUGUAGUCUUAAAAUUAGUAAAUAAGAGUAUUGUUAAUGAAUUAGAAACAUUUAUUAUAAUUGAGUGGUAAACAAUUAAUGUUACGUCAAGAACUUGAUUGGUUUUUUUUUUUGUUUUCUUAUCCAAGAAUUCAUUACUAAGUUCUUUCUACAUACUAAUUGUUAUCUAUUAAAAUUUUUAUUGUAGUUAAGUUGUUAUAAUUUGUUUACAAUCUAUCUAAUGACUAAUGUUUACAUUAAUUAUAGACCACUCAUAUAUAAUGAGCUAAUUAUCUGUGAUAUAAAUUUAAAGUAAGUAUUUAAAAAUGCCAAUUUCCAAUGUACUGUCCAUUUGAUGAAAGAAUCUUUAUUAAUAGGAAAACACUUCUGUUAAAUCUAUAUGAACAGGAUGUCCCAAAGCGAUAUUUUCAUAAAUAACUUGAAAUUUAUAAGGAAAAGAUUAUUGAUAAUAUUGUAGCUAUAAUAGCUAGGAGAUAUUUUUUUAAUUACUUUUCUCAUUUUAAUUUUCUUAUAUAAUACUUAUAUAAUAUUAAUUUACAUAUAUAUGUUUCUAAAAGGUCAGUUACCUUUAAAUUUAAUGAAUGGUCUUGAAUUUUUUAGCUAUUUCAACAAAUACGGAGAAACCAUUCAUGACUUGAAAUAAUUACUUUUUCUUAGAGCACUUGAAACUUCAGGGGAAAAAACUCAGACUUUACCUAAUCCCUAUAACUUGAUUAAGAAAAAUUGUUAAUUUAGAUCUUAUUAGCUUAAUUAAGCAUUUACUUGGGAUAUCCUGUAUGUAUAUGUGUGAAUGUGCCAAUGCAUAUAUACUAUUGAAUAAUUCAAGAGAUGAGAAAAAUCUUUUUUGGUUUCAUUUAAAUUGGAUUUAUAGUUGGAAAGAUUUUGGUGCUAUUUCAAUACAUUGUUAAUAUUUAUUUAAUCAGGCUUGAUUUGGUCUUUCUUGUUCUAAAUAAAUUGGACCAUUAAAUAUUUAGCUACCAGUGAAAUAUUAAUUCCUUGUGAGAGAUAUGCUUUUUGUUAUUGCUGCUACUUCUUUAAGUACUAUUAAUUUGUUGGAUAUUAUUGGAAUAUUUACUGAUCUAUUGACCAGAAGGUUUUAUAAAAAUUGUUAUUUCUUUAAUUUAUUAAUGUUGUAACUUGAGAAAAAUCUAAUGAUUAAUGCUAAAUGUAUGUUAAUCAUAAACUGAUUUAAAUAUUUGAACUGUGAUAUGUAAUAUAAUCGAAUAAUUGAUAUUUAUACAAGCAGUGAAUGAUUUGUAUUUAAACAGUUAAUUAUAUAUAUAUAUACACAGGGUGUCCCGUAAAUAGACAGAAAUUUUUAUAGGAGUAAUAGCAGACCUCAUAGCCUCCAAAAAGUCAAUAUAAGCAAUGGGCCAAUUCUCAGCAGGAAAGUAGGAAAUCCAAGUUUAGUGCUUUUUAAAGUAAGUCAUGCUUUUUGAUGAACAGAAAGCGAUAACUGAAGGAAUAUUCAAUUUAAGUAAUUAACAAUUAUUUCAAUGUAAACUAGAGUUUUUCAUUAAUAAAACCAUUUACAGGAUACUUUUGAGCGGAAAUCUUUUGAAUUUAUUAUAUUCAAAUAAAUAUAAUUGCCUAAAUACACUGUUUAUUUAUAAAUAGAAAGAAUAAUGAUUUUUAAAAUUAUUUUUCAAGUAAAGUAGUUAUGAAACUGUGUUUUGCUCCAAGAUCUCUGUCCUAGGAAUUGAUUUAUAAGUAUGUAUAAGUGACAAAUUUAAUGUUUCUAGGCCUAAAAUUUACGUUAAAAAAAAACCCUGCAGAUUGCUUCAAUUAUCUUCAUAAAAACAUAAAUCUUAGGACUAGAAACACGAAAUUUUUCACUUAUAAAUACGGAUCAACUCCUUUGACAGAGAUUUGGGAGAAAAAUGCAUUUUCAUAAACAUUUUACAUGAAACGUAUUCAACAAAUCAUUAUUUAAAAAUAAUAAGAAUUAGAGUGUUACCAAUGGGUAGUUUCUCUACAUGUUGUACAUGUCAUGUUACUUGUUUCACAUUUACUUGUGUAUUUAUCAUUUAAUACAGUUGCAAACUUCAAUAAUAAAAAUAAAUAAAUAAGAAGUGUAUUUAUGAAAUUAUUUAAAAAAAAAACAAGAAAUAAAAGCUUUGCAACAGUUAACUGUAGCCAUAUUUGCUGAAAACAUAACCCCUAUUAGGUGACUGGAUAGAACUUGGCAUCAUUUCUUUACACAACUUGAGGUGAAUCUCAAGAAUUUGCCUAAUAAAGCUCAAUUUAUUUAAUAUGAACUUGAAGCUUAUUAAACGACGAAGUUUUUCAAAAAGUGGGGUAUCUGUAGUAUAGUUGGAUAAUAAUAAAAAAAAAUUACCAAUAAUUUAUGAUUUUUUUAAAAACCGAACACUAAGCUUGGGUUUCCUACUUUUCUGCUGAGAAUAGACCCAUUGCUUAUAUGAACUUUUUUGUAGGUCUUAAGGUCUACUACCACUCCUAUAAAAACUUCCACCUACUUACGGGAUACCCUGUAUACACACACACACACACACA